AUGGGUUUGUUCCUACUACAGGAUGGUAUCCAUGCUAAGUUUGGCUCCCACAGGGCCAGGUUUUACUGGGAGGACACGGGGCCCAAAAGGAAGUAUACUUUGGUCAAUUGGUCGGCGGUGUGUAGACCAAAAUCCUAUGGGGGUUUGGGAAUUUUGAACUCCAAGAAGAUGAACAUCGUGCUAAUGCUGAAGUGGGUACAAAAACUUUUUCAACCAGACAACCCCAUAUGGGCACAAAUCUUGAGAGCCAAAUACAACUCGGCAGACAACAUUUUUGCAGGAACGGGACAAGGGGCCUCCCAGUUCUGGCGCAGCCUCCACAAAAUCAAACACUUCUUCAAAUUAGGAGCAAGGCACAAGGUCCGGGAUGGACGGAGAAUGCAAUUCUGGAUGGACAAAUGGCAUGGGGACAAAGCGCUCAAAGACACAUUCCCGCUGCUUUUCAACAUCUAUCUGUCACAAGGAAGCUCCAUCGACCAAGUCUGUGGAGGCUCGAUGCAGAUGGGCUUCCGUAGAGCUUUGGACAUAGCGGGUCUGCAUGACUGGCAUCAACUAGACAUUAUUGAGAGCACCGAGCUUACUGCUGGGCAGGAUGAGGUCAGGUGGGAUUUAGAACAGUUUGGUCGCUUCACAGUCAUCUCAAUGUACACAAAACUCUCCGCAGGGGUUUCGAUUGCGCACUUUAAGGAUGUUUGGGCAGCGUGA